CAACUUUGUUAUUUAAGACAAGAUCUCUCUGUGUAGACCAGGCUAGCUUCCAAUACAGAGGUCUUCCUGUGUGCCACCACACUUGGCCACUUAAAUUUUAAGUAUUCAAUGACGUAGUUUUUGUUUUUAGCAUAUCUGCGGUGCUGUACUAAUUCCAGGACAUUCCCAUCACCCAACAGGAAACCCCAUCCUAGUUAACAGUUAAUCCUCCCAACACCCCUCCACCCCACCGCCUAAUCCCUGGUCACCAGAAGCUGACUGUGUCUGUAGACUUGCCUGUUCUGGUCAUUUUGUAUAAAUAGAACCCUCCAGUGUGAGGCUCUGAAUCUGGCUUCUUUUGUUAACCGGAGGCCUCCUUGUAGCACGUGUCAGUACUUCAUGUGUCUUUGAAUGCACACCCCGUAUUUCACCCGUUGGUGGACAUUUCAAAGGGUUAUUAUUAGGACUGGUUCCCAGUCUGUUUCUGGUUUUGAUUUUUAAAGAUAGGUUCGCACUGUGUAUCUGGCUGGCCUGGGAUUCAUCAUGUAACACAAGCUGGCCUCAAACUUCUGUCUGUCCUCCUGUCUGCCUCUGAGCAGUGGGAUAUAAGCCGGUGCCACCAUAACUGAUUCCAGACCAUAGUACCCAGUUAAAGUACCAAAUCCUUUAUUUGACCUUGACUCACUAGGGUUCUCACAGCCCAAGGGAAUGUCGCACACUUUUUGAAUGAGAAAAGUGAAGAUGGGGAGUUCUGCCAGAAAACAAAAUAGGGGAAUUUUCACUUCAUAAUCAGAAGCCACAGGAAGGUGUGGGUGGCUUUCUUAUACUGGCGGCGCCAGCCUGGGCCUAAAUUGGACACUCCCAGCUUCCUGGUUUUCUCCCCUCCUGCUCCCAGCACAUGGAAGCGCUCAGCCAAUCAGUUCAGAGCAUCUGUAGUUAUGGCAACGGGUCUUAGUCGCUCAAUAACUUCGGUUACCUUUUGCAACUCUUGAAGUUGAUUGGCAUCAACUGGCUAAGCCCGGUGUCUGUUCCACAACGCCGCCUACAGGAACCCUCUGGCUCCCAGCGGCAGGACCAUUGGGAGAGGGCCAGGGUAGGCUGGAAGACUCAUUGUGCCGUCUCAGCUCUGCGAGAAGGAUUGUCAGGAGUUCCAGAAGGUCACAAACUCGUCCAGGAUUCCCUUAGCUCGAGGAGUAGGCUGAAUCCCCUGACUUGGAAUCAGAACCGAAGCUCUUGUGUCUGGGACCCUGAAUAUUUCUGGGUUAGGCAACAAUGCGUCCUAUAUUGAAGAAGAGUUCUGGAGAAGCCGGCUGCCCGUCCCCAGUAAAGUUCUCGACAAAGGGCUGUAGUUUGACAAGUGAAGGACACAAACAGGCGAGAAGAGAUGUGGGGCCAGCGGGCCUGCAGGCUGGAGUCCUCGACAAGCCUCCUCCCCACCCAGCUAAUGUUUCACAGAGUGAUGCCGAGUCCCCUGGCUGCACUUCUCCGGCACAAAGUAAAAGUCUGCUCAAAAUCCUGGCCAAAUACAUUGGGAGGACAAAGAGAGCAGCCACGCUGGGGGAGCCCCAGAAAGCCGAGGAGAAAAGCAUCAGUCGGGUGACAUUCAGCUCGACACCCGCAGACUUUGGGGUCUUCCCGUCUUACAUCUCGAUAAAUGAUGACAUGGAUGAAGAAGCCCCUAGCCACGGUCCUGUCUUCAAUCCUGAGGUGGUCACUGCCCGUUGCUUCAGGCAGUUGAAAGAGAAAGACUUCCGCCUGCCACAGAGCCGCAGGCGAAUCAUCAUUGUGCCUGGGACAAAGGACCAGGUGCCAGCCCACCCCACGAUGCCCCCUAAAGCUCCCCCUCCACCCCCACCUAGCUUCAAAACUCUAGACAUUCAAGACACCCAAGAGCCAGCAGUGGACAGGAAGGUCUGGCUGAGCCAGAGGGCAAAGCUCCGGAGGCAGCUGGAGACAUUUGGUGAUGUCAAGAAAUGGCUGGAGAACAAGCCCCACAUAACACCAUCAGAGGCCAAGGUUCUGCUCAUGAUUCGCCAGGAGCAAAGAGCCCCCAUAGAUGCCAUCACUUCAACAAGGAAACCCAAGGGCCAAGCUCCCAGACCUGUUUAUAACUCUCUACCCCAGUUGCGACUACCCAAGCCCUCUGUCUUGGCAGACUUGUACUCCUACCUUCGUAGCCGAAAGAUCAAGAUCCUGGAGGUAUUUAACAGGGUGGAGCACGGUGAGAACCAGCUUAUCUCCAGGGAGGAGUUUAUCAUGGCUCUGAAGGCAAUUGGAGUUCCUCUGAAGAACCAGGAGCUGGAAGAUAUAAUCAUCUACCUUGGCUCUCUCGGGAAGCAGAAUGCCAUCACCACCGAUGCCCUGGCCAACACCUACAAGCAGUGGUCACUGGCCCAGCAGAGAAGCACCUUGCCCACUGCCAAGGAGUAUUACAAAUUGACUGGGAAGAGAGCUUCUCUGAAGCAUACCCAACAAAAGCAGCAGGCUGUCCCAGCCCCACAGCCUCCCAAGAUGGACCUGCUGACGGUACCAGAGGUGGAUACAAAGAUGGAGGGGCGGCCCAUGACAGAGGAAGACAUGGAGGAUGCCGGCAAGCGGUACCGAGAGAGGCGGAGGCGAUGCAAGCUCUGUUUCCCCUCCAUCCAAUACAUGGAGAGCUGCCGGCUGGUUCGAUCUGGGACGAAGCCCUUUGAUGAACACUGCCUGCCGUCCACCAUUUCUGGAGAUACGGAGAUGCUGGUCAACAGGGCCCGCAGGGAUGCCUUCCUGGUCUACCUGCGGUGCUGGGAACUCUGUGAGGCCUAUGGUCUCCCACUGACUGAGGACAUCCUCAUGAGAGCACUUCUGUAUCCGGGAGACAAGAUCAUUUCUCUGAAUGAAGAAGUCCGCCCGAUCCGGCAGCCUGGAGGCUAUUAUGUAGACGAGAAGAUUGUCUAUAGCCUGAGUGGAUUCGGGAUCCAGGGCCUCUACAUGCUUGGGGAGAAGAAGCCAGACAAGAAAACAUCAAAGAAACUCAAGAAAAUGCACUUCCAGGAGUUUGAGGAGUUUACUGGGAAGCUGAAGGCCAAGAAGCUCAGUGGUCUCUCAUCUACCCACCCCAAUCACUUCUGGCCUGGUCACCUUCUGGAUAAGCUGCGGCUCUAUCUGCCCACGGUGGCCACAGACAAGAGCCAGGCAAUCUUCAGCUAUGUGGAACACAAGUGCCAUGCUUACCCUACCACCCGCCACUCUAAGGAAUGGUGGCCCAUGAAAGACUGGGCAUACAUGAUAUAUGCCAAUUAUGAUGCAAACAAGGUGUAUUCCAUCAACUAGAGUGGCCUGAGGGCUGCUGGACCAGAAGCUUCAGGGGCCCACAGCUGCAGACAUGAGAUAUCAAAGGGCCAUACAAAAGAAGCAUUCCCAGGGAUGGUCUAGAGCCGUGUCCCCUCAUGCCACAGUGUCCAGUGUCUGGGAGUAUGCAUGUGUCCAGGCACAUAUGUGCUGUGUUUACUACCCUUUCAUGACCUCUGUCCUUUUGAAAUAAACCAGGUGAGAGUUGA